CCCAGCCUGUGCCGGGAAGGCGGCCAGAGCUUGAGGCAGAGCUCUGAGCUGGUGGUCCCUGAGCAGCCUCCCAGCAGGGAGAAGCCCUUCAGGUGCUUGGAAUGUGGGAAGAGCUUCAGGAAGAGCUUCAAUCUCCUCACCCACCAGCUCAUCCACACUGGGGAACGGCCCUACACGUGUAGGAAUUGUGGGAAGAGCUUCAAUAGCAGCUCCAAUCUCCACACCCACAAGCGAAUUCACACCGGGGAACGGCUCUUCCCGUGUAGGGAAUGUGGGAAGAGCUUCAGCCAGAACUCCACCCUUAUCCGACACCAGCACAUCCACACUGGGGAACGGCCCUACCCGUGUAGGGAAUGUGGGAAGAGCUUUAGCCAGAGGACCUACCUCCGCACCCACCAGCGCAUCCACACUGGGGAACGGCUCUACAAAUGUUUGGAAUGUGGGAAGAGGUUUCAGACCAGCUCCAAUCUCCUCUUACAUGAGCGGACACACACGGAUGAGAGGCCCUUCCGCUGCACCGACUGCGGGAAGGGCUUCAAACUGAACUCCCACCUCAUCAGGCACCAGCGAAUCCACACCGGGGAGAGGCCCUACAAGUGUGGGGAGUGUGGGAAGAGCUUUGCCCAGAGCAGUAACUUGACCUCACACCAACGGACCCACCAGUAA